CUUUUAAUGUUCAAUAAAAUCACAUUUUACAGAAAAAUGAAGGGUGGUGCAGAAGAAGCCAUGUUAACCCUAGUAGCACGGGCAAAUACUUUACUAGCAGAUAUAUCAAGAAGAAGUCAGGAGAUACCCUCAGUGUUCAGGGAUCCACGGGGUGAAGUGUCGAGUAUUAUUGCGGAUUUCUCUUAUCUGAAAUCUCCAGAUAUCCUCGAGUCACAAAUCGCUAGGAAUGAGAGACUGAAUGAUCUUGAUCUUAAGAUUAAAGAAGAACACCUGGAUCUUUUGAAAAGAUUUUAUGACUGCUUUGAAAGCAUUGAACGCUACGGGACAGAUUUAAUACAGUUUAUUGAUGAUCUGGAGGAAGGAAGAUUUAUUCAACAAAAUCUUGAGAAUAUACUCCAAAGGGAGGAGGGUAAACAACUUCUAGCAGAAGCAGUUUAUCUGCAGGGGGUAAUUCUACUCUACAUAGAUCAGCAAAUACCAGGGGAUAUCAGGGAGAGGUUGCUUGUAUCCUACUACAGGUAUUGUGGGCAGUCAACUAACAAUUCAAACAUUGAUACUGUCUGCCAACUUCUUAGAUCUGCAGGACUACUGUCUGGUGGGAAAAGGCCAGUAAAUUAUCCUGAAAACUUGUUCUCAAGAGUAAGCAUACAAAAACCAGUUAUAAAACAGUUGGUCGGAGUUUUGAGAUCUGAAGAUUUAUACAACAUGCUUCCAUACUAUCCACAGCCUGAGGAUAGGAGUACUGCAUUGAGUGUACAGGCAGGCAUGCUAUUCAUUAUCUUGUAUUUUGAUCCGCAGAUUCUUAGGCUGGAAACUGCAAUGAUGAGGGAAAUUGUUGACAAAUACUUUUCUGAUAACUGGGUCAUCUCACUCUACCUAGGUAUGACUUUCUGGCUACCAGAGGCAUGGGAAAACUAUAAGGCUGGGAAGCAAGCUAUCAAUAAUACAACCACCAACUCAGAUGUUAAAAUUCUGGCUUCCAGGCAUGGAGAGAAGCUAUUAAAUUUAAUACCGAGAUUGGAAGAGCUGCUACUGGAAGGCGCAGUAACAAAGAAAAUAAUUCUAGAAAAUUCUCUGAAGUUGAUAAAUGUUGUACGAGAAAGUAAUGUCACACUGCGAUGGAUUUUUCUUCACUCAACUGCUUUGACUAACUUCGCAGCAGGACAUAAAAGAACCAGGCAGUUGUAUGAGCUAUGCCUGAAGGAACUGAAGAUUGGAUCUAAAGAUCUGUUUUCUCUUCUUGUACUCAGCUCUCGCCUUGAACAGCUGAUCAGAGAAAUGUUUCAGAAAAUUCUUCAGCACAGAGCAGACAUGUGGAAUAAACUGAAAGAGGAUUCUAGCAAUAGACUUAAAGAACUUGCUGAUGUGUUCGGAGGAGAACAGAAAUUGAGCCGGAUCCAACCAAACAAGAAACUACAGAGCUGGCUUCAACAAAGAGCGGAACAAAUAUCCCAGCUGGAUGUAGACGAUGCUGAAAAGUCGUCUUACAUUGCUGUUCAGCUGAUUCAAGCGCUAACUGAGGCGCGUAGUUUCAAUCAACUUAGUUCAAAUCUACAGGUUAUUCAAUAUCUGUCUGAGACAGAGAAGAAUUUACUACAAAUGGUCCAACUUGUUUCUGCCAAAGAUCAAGUUCUAGUUAAAGUUCAAAUACUUGCGGAUUUCAGCUAUGGCUGGGAGCUUGUACAAAACUUCACACAAAUUAUGCAAUCCGAGAUAAAGAGUACGCCUUCUGUAGUGUCGGAUAUCAGAUGCGUUUUUAUCAAGAUGUCUGGGGCAAUGGAAGGAGCUGUUCUUCGUAUUAGUGAAGCUGAGAGUUCAGAUCUUCUCAUAGUUUCAGAACAUUACUCUAGAACCCUGGUUACAUUUAUUAGGAAGGUGCUACAGGUUAUUCCUGACUCCAUGUUUGAUCUUCUUGAUCAAAUUAUUGCUCUCCAGGCUCAAACACCAGAAAUACCAACACGGUUAGAAAAGGAUAAACUGAGAGAGGUUUCUAACUUUGAUAAAAGAUUUGAAAUCGCCAAACUAACUCAUCAGGUAUCAGUUCUAAGCCGCGGCAUUAUGGCUUUAGGCAAGACCUUGGUUGGAGUAGUUCAAGUAGACCCACACAAACUGUUGGAGGAGGGAAUGAGAAGAGAAUUAAUCUCACGGGUUUCACUUCUUCUUCACAAUACUUUUAUUUUUAAUCCCAGAUCCAAAGAAAGGUUUGGAGAACUGACCGAUAAAGUCACAAAGAGUUGGAAAGUGAUGGAAAGUUUUAGAAAGUCUUUUGAGUAUAUCCAGGACUAUAUCGGGAUAUCUACUCUUUGUCUAUGGCAAGAGGAAAUAUCAAGAUUGAUCAACUAUGCAGUUGAGAGAGAAGCAUCCAUGUUUCUUCGCGGACCUACGCAAUUUCACAGCCAGUAUCAGAGUAAUGUUAUACCUAUCCCUGAGCACAAGCUAAAUAUAGACGAUGCAUCAAAAAACUUUAUGGGACGAAUUGCCAGAGAGCUCAUAGGUGUAUCUGAAUAUCAGAAUGUAGUGUAUGCUGGGGAAGAUGAAUCCUGGUUUUCUAUGAAGCCUCCGCACUCCUUAAUGGUGAGUGAGAGUGUGAUUAAUCAGCUUGGACUUAGUAUUGGAGUGCCAGGAAUAGCGGGACUAUCAAGACUGCUUGGUCUGAUGUCAGUGCAGAAGAUGCAAAACCUAGUGGAGGUUCUACAAAAAGAGAUUUUGGAAGAGCAAGAUGUCUUCAAACUUUUGGAUCAAACUCAGGAACAUCUUGGUUCGUAUUCGGACCUGGUUCCCUACCCGGCUAAAACCUAUGGAACAAUCCUAAAUAAAAUUAGUAAAAACAUACAGAAUAUAAGUGUACUGAUUGUGUCCCUGGGACAAUUAACAAUACUUCGCCAACUGAUGUCCCAUCAUCUCUCUGGGUCUGCCAGGUUUCAGGCCAAGCUUCUCAGAUCCACGGUUGAAAGUCUUCAAGCUGGAAUCAUCACUGUUGGGCAGACAAAAGAAUCUGGGUUUAGAGAGGAGAGUAAGAGAAACCUGGUAUCUGAGCUGACAAGUAUCACUCAAUGGAUCGGACUUGAUCAGCCAGUUGAUCAGAUUUAUAUUCCAUCUCCGGUUCCAAUUAGAAACUUGGAACUAUUCUUGGCGCUUCUCAUCAUACAUCAGGUUUCAAAAUCUGUCUAUAACCCCAGUACAGGGUUUCUCCUGAGUAGACGACCUGGAGAAAUGGAUCUUUUCGUCCUAGUUCAAGGAGUUCAUGUUCUUCUUAAUCAUUAUCAUCCCCAGUUGAAAAUGAAGAUUUCGAAGAUUCUUAAACAAGCUGAAGACUCUCUCAGGAUUGGAGGGGAUACAGUACAGGCGGAUAAUAUUCAUUUGUUUAAUAAUUGUUUGAUGUAAUUUGUUGGUUAUCUAUUCAUAUUUUCAAUAUUUAAAAAAAGUUAAUAUAAAUGUUUGUUCUUCGACAAAUUGUCGUUAUAUUAUUUUUAAUCCUUUUUAAAGAGAAAUAUUUAUUUUCGUUUAUUUUGAAAUGAAAUAAAUGCGUUAAAAUA